GCAGUGGGCGGGGAGAGGGCGCGCACUUCCGGUGCCCUUUCUCCCACAAGCCCGGCGCGCCCCGGACCCUCGUGUGCGGGCUGCGGGCUGGCCGGUGCCGCCGGCCUCGGGAUCGGCCAUGGCCCAGAACCUGAAGGACUUGGCGGGGCGGCUGCCCUCCGGGCCCCGGGGCAUGGGCACGGCGCUGAAGCUGCUGCUGGGCGCCGGCGCCGUGGCCUACGGCGUCCGCGAGUCCGUGUUCACCGUGGAAGGCGGGCACCGGGCCAUCUUCUUCAACCGGAUCGGCGGCGUGCAGCAGGACACCAUCCUGGCCGAGGGCCUCCACUUCAGGAUCCCCUGGUUCCAGUACCCCAUCAUCUAUGACAUCCGGGCCAGACCCCGGAAAAUUUCUUCCCCCACAGGCUCCAAAGACCUGCAGAUGGUGAACAUCUCCCUGCGGGUGCUGUCGCGCCCCAACGCCAUGGAGCUGCCCAGCAUGUACCAGCGCCUGGGGCUCGACUACGAGGAGCGGGUGCUGCCGUCCAUCGUCAACGAGGUGCUCAAGAGCGUGGUGGCCAAGUUCAACGCCUCGCAGCUCAUCACCCAGCGCGCCCAGGUGUCGCUGCUGAUCCGGCGGGAGCUGACCGAGAGGGCCAAGGACUUCAGCCUCAUCCUGGACGACGUGGCCAUCACCGAGCUGAGCUUCAGCCGCGAGUACACAGCGGCCGUGGAGGCCAAGCAAGUGGCCCAGCAAGAGGCCCAGCGGGCGCAGUUCCUGGUGGAGAAAGCUAAGCAGGAGCAGCGGCAGAAGAUCGUGCAGGCCGAGGGUGAGGCCGAGGCCGCCAAGAUGCUGGGCGAGGCGCUGAGCAAGAACCCCGGGUACAUCAAACUGCGCAAGAUCCGGGCUGCCCAGAACAUCUCCAAGACGAUCGCCACGUCCCAGAACCGGAUCUAUCUCACCGCUGACAACCUCGUGCUGAACCUCCAGGACGAAAGUUUCACGCGGUGAGGGGCUGGGUUGGGAUCCUGGGGUUCUUGUGAUGGGUAGUUUGUUCCCUGGAACCGCCCUGGGAAGGUAGCGUUUCUCGCCACCAAAGCCAGGAAGUAGACAGUUGGCCCAUCUCUCACGUGUCCACAUGGGUGUUGUCUGGGGGUUGCAUGUAGGGGUGCUGGGGGGGGGGGUGCAGAUAUUGGGAUCCAACCCAGGGCUCCUUCCUGCUGAGCUCCUGCUCCGGCCCUCUUGAGUCACCCCCACCCCCAAAGGCUGACCCUGAGACCAAAUGGGAUCGUUCUUGUAAAAAGCCUGUCAGCUGGAACUUUGCCAGAGACCUUGAUAGAGCUCUUACUGUAGGUGGCAGGGCAGGGCGCGGGUGGAGGCCAGAGAACCAGGGUCGGCCCUUCCGUGGGCCUGAGCUCCGGCCACCAGCCCUUUUGUCCUUCUGGGGGCAAAAGGGAGUGGGGCAGGCAGGGCAGGGAGCUGGCCAGUCACCUGUGCAUUUCUCUUUUCUCUUUCCUGCGCAUCCCGCCAACCCAUACCUGCAGGGGAAGGUAAGUUGCUGAUGGGACCUCUGGGGAUCUUGCACCCGGGUUUCCAAUGCCCAUGUCUUUCCCCUGAACCCCUUCACCCCCACACACCAGCUCACUUCGGGAGGAGGGCUCCCCCGGGUGCUCUGCCUUCCACAUUAACGGCCCUGGAUGUUCUUUCCACAGUGACAGUCUCAUCAAGGGUAAGAAAUGAAGCUGGUGAGGGGGACGCGCCCAGACCCUGCGUUGGAGGAACCGCAUGGGGCCCACAGCCCUGCCCCAGUAUCCUGUGAUGGUCCCCACCGCACCCGCCCCAUCCCGAUGAAAGAUGAAGCUGAAGACUGCCCCGUGUCGGCCAAGGAUACUGGACAGUGUGUGAUUUUUUUUUUUCCUCGGUGAUUUUUUUCUCCGACAAUGUUGGUUCCUCCCUCUGGUGGGAGACAAUAACCACCAAUCCAGGAAUUCUCAAUAAAUUUUUAUUACUGAA